GCCCCAGCACAUGGAGACACCCUCGACGAUGGUCCCCGACCAGGCACCCGCCUCCGGCCAUCACUACCACCGUCACCACCAUCAUCAUCAUCACCAUCAUCAUCAACGCAGCGCGUCCACCACACCCAGCCAUGGCCCGACCACCACCGACACUUCCGAAGAAUUCGUCGCCGUUUCGAGGAAGCGAAAGCUCUCCUGCCACGACGGCAGUGAUUUAUUGGACGACGCAGGAGACGAUGCCAAAUCUGUUCGCACAAACGACGACAGCAAAAAACAAAAUCACAGCGAGAUCGAGAAAAGGAGGAGGGACAAAAUGAACACCUACAUCACCGAGCUUUCAGCGAUGGUACCGAUGUGCCACGCAAUGUCCCGCAAACUCGACAAGCUGACCGUGCUGAGGAUGGCUGUGCAGCACUUAAAGACCAUCCUCGGGGCCGUUACCUCAUACACGGAAGGUCAUUAUAAGCCAGCGUUCCUCAGCGACCAAGAGCUCAAGACGCUCAUACUUCAAGCUGCGGAGGGUUUUGUCUUCGUGGUGGGCUGUGAUCGUGGAAGAAUUCUCUACGUCUCCGAGUCUGUUUUGCAGACACUCAAUUAUUCUCAGGGUGACCUGUUGGGUCAAAGUUGGUUCGAUAUCCUGCAUCCGAAAGACGUAGCCAAGGUAAAGGAACAGUUGUCCUCUUCGGAUCUUAGUCCACGGGAGCGAUUAAUAGACGCCAAAACGAUGUUACCAGUGAAAACGGACGUGCCCCAGGGUGUAUCAAGACUAUGUCCCGGUGCACGGAGGUCUUUUUUCUGUAGAAUGAAACGAAAAGUCGAAGGGGUUCGUUGUGGUGAAUUGCAAGUGAAAGAGGAAGCCGACACAGCUAGCGGCUGCCAUCGACGAAAAAAGCAACAAAAUGUUGACUGGAAGUACUGUGUAAUUCAAUGUACCGGAUAUCUGAAAUCCUGGGCGCCUGCGAAAAUCGACCUCGAGGAACACGAAGGCGAUGGAGAUGGAGAGGCUUGCAAUUUGUCGUGUUUAGUAGCUGUUGGCCGUUUACAGUCUACGAUACCUACAUCUUUACCUAAGAAACCACGUUUGAGACCCAUAAAGUUUGUUUCGCGACACGCGAUGGAUGGCAAAUUCCUCUUCGUCGACCAAAGGGCUACGUUAGUGUUAGGUUUCCUACCACAAGAGCUACUUGGUACGAGCAUGUAUGAAUAUUAUCACCACGAUGAUAUCCCUCAUCUGGCGGAAUCUCAUAAAGCUGCUCUUCAAGCAUCCGAAUGUGUCACCACGCAGAUAUACAGGUUUAGGACCAAAGGUGCAAGCUUUGUAAAGCUUCAAUCCGAAUGGAAAUCCUUCAGAAAUCCAUGGACCAAAGAUAUCGAGUACCUAAUAGCUAAGAACUCUGUUACUUCCUGUGACUCUCGAUCGAUCACCAGUAGUGGGAACAGAUCUGAGGAUUCCAGCGUCCAGGGCAACUACGACUACUUCACGCAAAGUAACGGUGGAUUAGAAAGAUUGAUCUCGAGUCACAUAGAGGUAAGUAAAAUCGGGCGACAAAUAGCUGAAGAGGUUCUGGAUCUUCAAAGACGUGGUGAGGAUUCUUCUUCUGGUAGCAGUCCCGGGCCAGGACCGGAGCCUGCUUUAUUAAAUACCGAGUCGCAGAUCACUACAACCGCAUCGCCGGAGAGAGUGCAGGACGUGGCGCAGUCAACCAGAGGCAGCAACAACAGCAGCAAUAAUCCUACACCAACAUACAACCACAUAACAAACAACUUGCAGCUGAACAGCAUCGCGAACGACCAAGGUGCGUCACCAGAUGAAGAUAUGAUGGACAUGAUCGGUGGUACUACGAUUAAUGAAUCAUCGAAUCCAGUGCCGUCUGAUGGCAACGACGAGGCAGCAAUGGCCGUGAUAAUGAGCCUUCUAGAGGCGGAUGCAGGUUUAGGUGGCCCCGUGGAUUUUUCUGGUUUGCCCUGGCCGCUUCCAUAGUACAUUUUAAUUCUCUGUCCACGUGAAACUAAAUCGAAUUUCCAAGUGUCCAAUGGAGGUACCUUAUGCCGACCGUUUCGAAAGCUAGAAGUGUGUGUAUAUAUAGCAUCAAGUGAAGACCAAGUUGACGUUAUUUGUUUUAUUGUUUUAUUUUCGUCGUGCUUGAGUACUUGAUCAAUUUUCACCAGCUGUGUCAACUGUCCGGAAACUAGUGCACGAACAUCACCACGAAUCAUUUUUGAUUUGUUUGAAGCAGUUAAGGCAGAUAUUCAUGGUGCUGGCACGGUGCUGUUUAGAGAAUGCGUCAGUCGUUGAACGUUUUUAGUUUUAUAGACAUAUCAUUUCUGUGAUCAAAAAUGGAAUAUCAAGCGUACAGAACGGUUAAUCUACUACUAAUAUGAAGUGAACAUCUAUGUCCAUUUUAGAGGCGAGCAAAUAGAGACUGAUCCAGAAUUAUUUGGCUGCAGUUGUCGAGUAAUUAUCAAGCAUCGUAAACGGGGAUGAUUUCAGAAUAAUUCGUACACAAACUUACAGCCCUCAGAAAAUCAAACAUAUCUUUUUAAUAUCAUUGCAUGGCUAACAAAUCAUUAAAUGGCUUUUCUUGUGAUUUGUAACUAAACGUUUAUUGUUUUACGUUUUUGUACAAGAUUAAAUACGAUUUAAAUAUUGUAAGAAAGUUAUUUUUAUCUUAAUAUUCUAGUUCGAUUUAUUAUUAAUUAACUAGUUGUUUAGAAGUGUCAAUUUCGAAUUUUCGCUCAAGAUAUACGCGCGAUAUCAGGUCUCCUACCUCAAUUUGUAUUUCAUUGUAAUCUACUUCCGCCUAUUUUUCAUCUUCAACAAAAGUAAUAUACAAGAUCAUUCGGUGACUUAUCCUCUAAAUUUCAUCGGGACUAUGAUAAAUAAACGGAAACAUUUAUUAAACAACCGUUGCAUAAUAGAUGAAAGACCAAUCUAUGAUUUUGACCUAUUUCUAAUUUCUUCUUUCUUUCUAUUUUGAUACUUGUCAGCGUAUUCCUCGACUUCUAUAAAUUUAUAAAAACCUCCUAUUCUGUAUCACGCCACAAAUUAAAAAAAAAAAAAAAAAAUAAAAUUCUUUAUGUCUAUAGUAAAAUCAUCAGCUCGCAUAGAGUGGUCUCUUUCAAAACACGCUUUUCAUAUCUGAAAAAUUGUUUUACAUAGUUUCGAAGACAUUUAGAAGACGAUAAACAGUGAUACCGUGCACCGAUGAUUGCUUCAAAGAACAAUUGCAUAGAUAUUUAUAUGUAUAUAAUAUAUUCAUUGCACACUAUCCGUUUCGUAAGGCGAGGAGCUAAGUUAACUGUACAUACAUGCAUCUAAAAUCUUUUACACAGUAAUCAGUAUAAAUGUUUUGUCGUGCCACUCAGUGCAGAUCAACAGAGUAUGUUGCAAUUGACGAACGUGUCGGAUGAAAUGUUUUAUUAAAUAGUUCCGGCAAACGUCGAGGAACGAACGCUACCAAGUGUCAAGGUCGAAGUUCCUGUUCGUUGUUUUAGCGACAAACUAACGUUGCGUGUAAAUAUGUAUUCUCACAGAACGCGUGAUAUAUGACGCAAAGCGUACCUAAUUAAAUUGUAAGAAA